AAGGGGAUUGUGGUGCGUAAACAAGAUUAACUCUCUCGCCCCCAGCUGCGCAGAUCUGCCCCAGGCCUGCCGGCGGGAGCGAACCCAUCAUUGCGCGCAGGGCGCAGCACCGGGGCGGGGGAUGGGGAAGCUCGGGGCCUCGGAGCCAUCUCCCGGGCGCGCUUCCUCGCCGAGGGGGGCGGGAGGCCACGGCCUCAGGAGCUGCUUCUCAAAACCCAGGGCGAACGGCCGCGACCACGCGGGCUCUUAGCUGCAGCCUCCCCUCCGCCACCACCCUCCCCCGCCCCGUGCUUCCUCUCCGCCCACCACGAUCUAGCCGCUCCGCCGCAGCCCGCUCGGCCCUCCGCCCCCCGGAGCCUCCGCGCCGGUCCCGCGGCCAGCCAUGGGGGACCUGCCAGGGCUCGUGCGCCUCUCCAUCGCGCUGCGCAUCCAGCCCAACGACGGCCCGGUCUUCUUCAAGGUGGAUGGGCAACGCUUCGGCCAGAACCGCACCAUCAAGCUGCUCACCGGCUCCUCCUACAAGGUGGAGGUGAAGAUUAAGCCCACCACUCUGCAGGUCGAGAACAUUUCCAUUGGUGGUGUGCUUGUCCCAUUGGAGUUGAAGUCUAAAGAGCCUGAUGGGGACAGAAUUGUUUACACGGGCACAUAUGACACAGAAGGUGUGGCCCCAACCAAGAGUGGAGAACGGCAACCCAUCCAGAUCACAAUGCCGUUCACUGACAUUGGGACCUUCGAGACGGUGUGGCAAGUCAAGUUCUACAAUUACCACAAGCGAGAUCACUGCCAAUGGGGAAGCCCCUUCUCUGUCAUUGAGUACGAAUGCAAACCCAAUGAGACACGCAGCCUCAUGUGGGUGAACAAGGAGUCCUUCCUCUGAAGAUGGCUCUUUCUGAUGUUGCUGGACAAUCUCUUCAGAAACCUACUUUUAGAUAACCCAGCACAAGCCUUCACCAAGGCACACCACAGCAUUGCUGUUACCCUUCGGGUGCUGAUGACCUACUAGCCCCGAUUAUUUUGAAAGUGUAAUUCCCUUCUGAUCCAAUGCCCCUGACAUAAAAGAUUGUGAGUGAUAUACCAUCCCUGAGAAGAUUCCUUUCUGUAUUCUGUGUUGGUGUCCCUGCAUCCAUUUGCUCCCGGUCACACCAUUGACCGCUUGUGAGGAGCUCAGUGGAAUUGGCAGACAUCCCCCUUCUUAACAGUUCCACUGAAUGUGGUGGUUUGUUUCCAAGUUGAGUGAUUCCCCCUCCCUUUUUUUGUAAAAUGCUAAAUAAAAAUAAUGUGUUGUCGGUUCUCUCCCAAGUGUAAUAUGGUGACAUGUAACUUGUAAUGUUAUCCAGCUCUCUAAGCAGGCUUGGUGAAAAUGUAAUAAAAACAGCAGUGAGUGGGACUCAAAUGCUGUGCUUCCUAUAAACAGCUCAGCUUUUUCAGGGAACAAUAAUGACAAAAGAAAAGGACAAAUAUUUAAGAAGUGUUUAUUACACAUUAAAACUCUCUCAAGUAACUUAAGGUGUUAUGUGGUGGCCUAACAGAACUGGGAAAAGGCAUUGUUGGGGUCCACUGCUAAGGUGACAGAACUUGGAGGGUCACCUUUCUGGCAAGCUUCCGUAGUAUUCAAACAUGCAUAUGAUGGCAUCCCUACAUUCCCCUUCACCUGAACUUUGUAAAACUGUGUAUGCAACUGUAAUGAACUUUUGAUAUUUCUUAAUAAAGGUAUUGAAAAUCA